AUGGCGGAAUUGCCCAAGGCUAUGAAGGCAUGGAUCAUCACCCGUGCGGGCAAGCCUGCCGAUGUCCUACAGCUAAAGAACAACUGGCCGAUGCCCCCAUCUCCGAAAGCUGGGGAAGCCCUGGUCCGGGUAUCCUACGCGGCACUGAACCCCGGCGACAUCAAGAUGAUGGCUACUAUGAUACCGUGGAAAGGAAAGGCCAUCGCGGGAUAUGACUAUGCCGGCGAGGUGAUCCAACUGGGGUCAUCCGCUCGCACCUCGAACCCCGAUAUUCGGGUCGGCACGAUCGUAGCUGGAACCGUACCACUCUCCUAUCUUUUGACCGGGUAUGGAACCUUGGGUGAAUAUAUGAUCCUUCCAAUUAAUCAGAUCGUGGAAGUUCCCAGCGAAAUAUCGGAUUCUGUCGCCGCGGGAAUCAUGGGAAUCGCUGGCCAAACAGCAGCAUCCAUAGUUGCCGCUGCCGACUUGCGACAAGGGGACAAGGUGCUUGUGAAUGGGGCAAGUGGUGGUGUAGGUUCGAUCCUUAUCCAGGCACUCCACGGUAUGGGCAUUCAAAUCAUGAGUGUUUGCUCAGCCAGAAAUUUAGAUUUGGUACUCCGAUUAGGUGGUGGGGAGGCUUUGGACUACAAAUCUAAGGACUCUAUUUACGACUAUUUAACAUCUCUCACGGCAGAUCCAACAAGGGGCCAAUUUGAUGCAAUCAUAGACUGUGUGGGCGAUGACACUCUCUUCCAUCGUUCGCCUGGAUAUCUCAAGGCUACCAGUAGAUUUUUCAGUAUAGAAGGAGGCCCCUUGGGCGGCUUGACUCUGAAAAGAUUGCCAGUCGUCCUCGGAGGAACUCCAAGGCCCUUUGUCAAUGUGUUCAGCAAGCCAAGUACGACCUCCAUAAAUAUGGUUGUUGGCUGGAUUGAAAAGGGUUGGAUAAAAGAGCUGCCCGUCGAUUCGACAUUCCAGAUGGACGAUGCUAUACAGGCAUUUGAGAAACUGGGAACAAAGAGAGCAGUAGGAAAGAUCUUCGUGAAAGUUCACUAG